AUUUUAUUUUUGCUGAAAAUAUUGCAGAUUGUUUACGUUGCAUUGGUCGUAACGCACUUGUUAGCGAAAUGCGUUGCUAAUAAUAAUAACUGCAGUUGCCACACGUUUAGAGAAGCGCCUGCAAUCUAAGAUCAGCUGAUCGGCGGGCAAAGCACAGAGAACGUUGGAACAAUCACGUUCUCGCGAAAUGCACGGCGAGCAUGCUAUGAGGAGUGAGCCAAAGGCUGCUGCUGGCAUGGAAGCGCCAGGGAAGCAGAACAUUUGCGAUAAAGCUGGUGUAGAAACGACAGGCCAUUUGUCACCCAACUGUGCAGCUAUGUAUUGCAAUCCUCAAAGGGUCGGAGAAAAGCAGAAGCUGCCAGGACCAGGAAACUUGAUUGGGAGUUAUAAUUAUCCAACCUACAACAGCAAACCGGGUAGGGGCCUUUCCUUCGAUUCGGAUAACGGGUUCGCCACUGAACAAACAGAAUUGAGUUCGAAUAUUCAGACGACCCCGAUGUCGAAGGUCGGUCAGCUUCAGCAAGUCCAUCAUCAGACGUCUGGCUUAUGUAAUGUGCCUCGAGAAAUGUUAGGCGAUUUUCAGCAUCAAAUGCAAAGACUGCCAACGACAAACGCGCUCUCCCCACUAUUCAACCCAGAAGGAAACAUUUUUGACGAAAGUUUUGACUUCGAAGACUUUAUGUUCGGGCAGAGCGCUGGGGACGCCACUGUUAACCAGUUUGAACUUGUAGCAAACGGAGCCGAUCUCAACUUCAACUGUGACAGCGGCAGAUCGUCCAGUCAAUCCUCGGCCGAUAACAACACUCAGGCAAAAAUCGAGAGAGAUUUGGUGGACGAGGAGCAACUUUUCCGUACAUUGUCCGCCGCAAGCAGUGGUGAAGCGGAACCAGAGAACCAAAUAAACUCAAGCGAAAUGAACAACUUUGUCCACCCAACUUCGAAGGAGGAACAAACCGAUAAAGAAGCCCUAAACCGGGAGAGAGGGUACAGCUUAAGUAACGACAGUGGGGUGGAAGGCUGUAGUUACUUAGACGCAGCGUUUACAACCUCAAAAUCUCAGGAUUCAGUCUCAAUCCACUUGCCCGACGUUUCCACGUUCAAACCGACUUUACCACAAAUUACUCAAACACCCGACUCUCUAAGUGCAAUCCAAAGCCAUCACCAAAACUCCCAUGUCCAACAUACAACAGCCUCAAAAACGAACCGAAUCACCACGAACUCCAGCUCUAAUGAAGAUUCUGGCUCUUACAAAUCCGCAUCUUCGGAAGAUUUUAGGGCGAACGAGAGGACGGAGAGCAGAGACACUGACAUCGGAGAAGAGGACGUUUACGGCGGAGGAGAGACCUUCGGAGCAACUGCGUAUCCUAACCACCCGUUUAGCUUAGACGUGAAAAACGCCAGCAAGAAAACUGCGUACAACGAGAAGUGGGGAGUCAAAGUACUUAAAGCCUGGUGCGUGGAAGCGAACAUUGGUGGGGACUUCGAGCGCUUGGGCGCCGAUGAACUAAACCAACUGUUGGCAAGAUUUUGGUCCGAAGUUCGCAAGUCGAACGGAGAUUAUUACGGAAGGAACAGUCUGUUCAAUCUGCGCGCAAUGAUCAAUAAACAUUUGAAAGGAAAACCAUACUGCGUGACUUUCGACAUUGUAACUGAUGAUAGAUUCAGGACCUCGAAUGAGAGACUUGAAGAACAACUAAAAAUAUUGAAAGGCAUCGGACGAACCAUCACACACAAGCAACCGAUAUCUAUCGGCGACCUGAGAAAAAUGUACGAUUCCGGGGUUCUUGGUACUUCCAAUCCUUUGGCUCUACUUCGAAAGGUUUGGUUCGAGGUGACGCUGCAUUUCUGUCACAAGGGUUCAGAAUCGCAGGAGAAACUCCGUAAAGACUCGUUCGAUAUUUUCCACGACCACAAUGGUCGAAGGUACAUUGCAAGAACCGCCCCUACCGAUGCCGACGAGAUUCGAAUGUACGAAACCGGCGGUGAUUUAUGUCCCGUAAAAAGUUUCGAGUUUUACCUGAAGAAGUUACACGCACUGCAGCCCCGUUUGUUUCAACAACCUCGUCGCAAAUCAACCCCUGAUUCCCCCAUGUGGUACGGGAAAGCACCUAUCGGGGAAAAAGCGCUCCAACAAAUGAUGGCAAAUAUAUCUACCGCGUCCACUUUAUCGAAGCGUUAUACCAAUCACUGUGUUCGAACAACCGCCUUGGAACAGUUCAGUAAUUCCCGGCGAAAAGGCAACUCGUUAAAAGACAAAUCCAGGAACCCAGGAGCUGGUGGGAGCGAGUCGUUUCCAGAUGUGUUUAGUCACAUUAUCUCUCCGCCACAAAUGAUGUUUCAGCCUGUGUUUACUGGGAACCAAAUGCACGGUGCUGAUACACAGCCUAUGAACGACCCGAAUCGAGGCGGUAAAACUGCAGUCCAUGUUCACCCUUACCAAGUAUUUGACCAGCAGUUGGACCAAGCGUGUGCACAACAGUACAAUAACGAUAUAAUGCAAAUGCAGAAGCAUACAGACUCUGGGAGUUUCACAUACAACGGGAAUGGAUACCGACCUGGUCAAAAGCGUGGGUAUGUAAAUGAUAUCCCGUCCUACCCCCCACCAGCUUACAACGAUCGAGCAAACUGCAUGCAGAGUAAUAUAAUGUCACCACCACCGAAAAGAAUCCGCUCUGAAGACUUUAUGGACAUGGACCCUUUCAACGCAGCAACCUACGACCAUGGUUAUCAUAACUUUGAUGUGACCGCUCUCCCGGAUCCGGACGCCCAACAGAAGCAAAGGCAUCGUUUUUUCGGCAUCCCUGCAAGUCAACACUGUGAGAAGAAGCAAUAUGACAACGUACAGAAAUGCUACAGCGAUGACAGUGGGACUGGUCGUUCUCUUUUAUCUCCUAUUUCUAUCACUACAAUUCCUGGAGAAAACGAGAGCGAGACGAGCAUGUACAAUCUUCAAAACUCCGCCGCUCCGUUUUCAGAAACGAUAGUUUCUUGUUCGUCGUACGGAAUGAUGGCUCCAGAAUUGGAGCACGCGAAGAGCAUUUCACCGUUGGACACCAGAGAGCAUAAUAUUUACAAGAACUUUGAAUAUUCAACUAGUUUACAUCCAAUGAAACGAACGGUGGGCAGAGACAGAAGCAACCAAAUAGACUCGUACCAAAACAUGCAUAGCAUGCAUCAUCCUGUCCCUUCACCGGUCCCAUUAUCAAUGUAGCGUAUACGAACUCUAUCUAUGAUACGCCUACAUUUUUUCAUAGCUUUUUUGCGUUGAGUCACGGUUAUAUAGAUUCGUAUUUUACCCGCAAUUCAACACUCGUUUUGUCGAUAUUAGCUCAGGGAAUGCAACUUACACCUCGUUUCGCUUGGAGCAAAAGUUUUAUACAAAGAGAUUUUACGUUUUUACCACUGACCUAUCAGAGUAAUCUUUACAUAUAUAUAUAUACUUUUUCUACCUUCCGCUUUUAAAAGAUUAUUUUCGUGCCUUACAGAAUUUACGAGCAUAUUCUAUAUUCACUAUAGGGUGGGGGAAGAUGGGACACCUUUUUCUUUUAAUAUCUUGUCCCAUUUAGUAGUAAAUAAGGAACAUUCAAAAAAUUAUAAAACCAUAUCUUCACGACUCCUAUAGACUGUUGUUAAUUGUUAAAAACACAAUUACGAUUUUUGGAUAUUUUGUUUUAAAGAUGUCCCAUCUUUUCUCAUCCUAUUAUUUGUUACAUUGUAUAUCGUUCAUCGGACUAUAGAGCCUUUAUAUACACCGGUAUCGGCAUGAAGACUUGAUAUACAAAUUCUAUGCGUCUUCUUUGCUGUUCCACUUAUUGGCAAUCAACGUUACUAUUUUAUCGCUUAUGAUCGCAGCAGUACCGUCUCUACUUAUAUUUUACGUUUUGCGUUAGUAAGUUUUAUGAAGUAUCCGUGUCUGUUUCAUCGAUGUUAUUUUAGCCCCUCGCUUUGCACACACGAUAAAAUGAGAUUAACUUAGUAAAACCCUGUGAGAAUAUAAAUGUCAAUUUGUUUUGCAUCGAUUCACUUGUGCUUGACGAAAUUGUGUGCAUCACAUUUUAAAACGUAUCUAUUCAACAAAUAACAUUAUUACUGUUAUGCAAUAUACCAAAUUGGCUAGCCGUAUUCAUUUUUUGUUAAAAUUUUCCAAAUUAAUUACUUUCCGAAAUGUUUGUUGUUUAAUGUUGCUUUUCGCCACUGGUGCAAAAUUAUACUCGAAAACUUUUCAAUGUUGUUCUGUCUUUUGGUUACUGCACUCUUCCUAUCUUUCGAGCACAUUUUAUCAGACACACAGUGUAUUCUUAGUCACGUAAUGUAUUUGCAAAAAAAACAGCCAACUGGUAGAUAACGCUUAGAGGUAGCGGAGUAGCCUGUAAGAAAUACUUACACGAGUAAAUAACAUUAUCUUAAGAAAAAAUCCUGAACGUUUUUAGCGAAAUAUUCAGUAAGAAAAAUGCCUUUUUGAGGUAUCGUAAAUAUUAAAUUUGUUGUGAAUACUAUUCCCGCUAUGCCACUGUGACCACCACCAAAAUUAUGACACCUUAGUUUCAAUUUUUCGAUAUUUAAAUUAAAACUGUUCGAUGAAAUAACUCAAAAUCUUGGUUUUGUACAAGCGUUGUUAUAACAUAUAUACAUGGCUAUUUGGCACAAGUGAUUCUUACCAAAUAGUCAUAUUUGGUAUAAAACGGUGCAUAAAUAAAUAUAAAAUCGCAAAAUAUUUAAACGGCUUUUUCAUCCUUCUGUCCCAGGUAUAACAACGAACUUGAUCGGGGACUCCGGUUCGUCCUUAAUGUUUGAUACUGUGGAAAAUGUAUUGUUUUAAAAUUAUACUGUGUUGUAUAAUAUGGUAGCGAUUUUCUGCAUGCCUAUGUUUUUAUUGCAUUUCACAAAGUAUAUAUUUCCUGUUAAAGCAAAUUUUAACUGAUCUUUUCUUUUAACAAAACCUCU